GUUCGGAAAAUUCUCUGACGAGGUUUGUAAGGCCCAAAAGAUAGAUGCAUGGAAAGAAAUCCACAGUUUGGCGUUAGGCAUGGGAGUUGUGGGGCCUGAUAAGCAAUGGACCUACACAAGAGAUGUUUUAUGGCAAAAUGCCAGAAAAUCUACUAUGAAAAAGGUCGACAAUCAAAAAAAGACCGGGUCGGCAGGAGGGCCAGAAUGGAGAUUAAAUACUCUUGAUAAUAUUGUACUUGAUAUUAUUGGGAGGGACAGCUCAGUGCUCACUGAUUUGGGAGUAGCUGAAACCUGGAGUAUUGAACAGGACCCUCCUGAGCAGGCUGAACACAGCUCAUUUGAAGUUGAAGUGCCAGCUGGCAAUGUGGUUGCCCCAGCUGUACCUGAGGCUACAACAACUUCAGCCGCCACCGCCUCCACCUCAUCUGCAUCUUCAACACCCUUCACCGCCACCUCAACACGGGCCUGGGCCUCUGGUCGGCCGGAGCAGGCGCAGGCUGACCAGAAUCAGCCCUCUGCAGAGGAGGAGGGGGUAUUCCCCUCAGGAUGUCGAAGAUGCCAAAGAUCGGAGGGUGUUCUUGCAGAACUCUUUGUUAGAACACCAAGUUCAUCACAAAAAACUACAAAUUUUAAAAAUUGAAGAGGAAUUGAAGCUUCCACAUAGCCAAUUUACUGACGAGUUGUUGACAGUGGAGCAUGAAGAAGUUAUUGAUUCACAAGAAGACUUACAAUAGUCCCUAGUUCUAUCUUUCUUAUUCAUUUUUAUAAUAUAACAAUAUAGAUACAUAGUUGAUAACUCACUUGUGUUUUCUUUAACAGGAUUUCUCUAUAUUCAACUUGAUCAGAGACUUGAGCAAAAGAUAUGUCACCAUCAAAUGAUAUAAUAUUUUAAAUAAGUCAUAUCAAUUUCGAAAAGCUAAAGUCAGUUAUCACUUCUAAAUCUUAACUUCAUUCUUUUUGUGUACUUGACACAAUAAUUAUAUUAAUAUUUGACAUAAUUCUUACUUCA